AUGGCCCCUUCUAUUAAAGCCGUCCUCAUUGCUCUCCUGUCGAUUGCCCUCGGUCUCUACAAAGUUUAUAUUCACGAUGCGGUGGAGCUCUUCCAAGGCGUUGAGAGGAUCAUCCAACCUCUCGAGGAUUUCCCUGAUUAUCAGUGUCGCCGAAUGCGACACCCACUCUUAGAGGGCUGCGAGGAUGUCUGGUUUGAUCCUCGCGGCCGUAAGCUUUAUGCCGCUUGCGCCAACCCACUGGCUCGCAUAGCCUGGUGUCCAGCUGCGAACAGCUAUGAUCUCCAGAAGCGGGCAGCAGGCGGUGGUGGAAUCAACCAUAUAACAGUGCUGGAUGUCGAUCAGCCAGGAGCUGAUGGCUUAUAUGGUGUGCGAGCAUUGAAAUUCCGCGACAGCGAAGGCAACAUUCAGGAGCUGGAUAUGCAUGGUUUUGACGCCCGCGUGAUUGACAAGAGCCAACGGUUGCGGUUCUGGCUGAUCAACCACCGGCCACCGCUGAAUGCAUCGACCGGAAGACCACUGCUAGAUGCAACCAAGUUCGGGGCUAAUUCGACAGUCGAUGUGUACGACCUUGAACUGCCUCACGGAACUCAACUAACCCAUGUCAAGACUAUUGUGAGCCCGACGAUCAUCUCACCGAACAACCUUGUCGUCAUCAAUGACGAUGAAGAUAGAGGAGACUUUCUGCUCACCAAUGAUCAUAGCACCAAAGUCGGCCCUUUCCGUGACAGCGAGAUAAGCGGAAAUAUCGCCUAUUGCCGCACUGAUACGGGAAAUUGUCAUUUUGUCGCCACAGAGAACUUCUCCGCGCCCAAUGGCAUCACAAGAGACCCAUCAUCAGGCCUCAUUUACGUCGCGCAAUCAGCCCGGGGUGUCGUUACCAUUCAUCGGCUGGUGGACUACAAGCAGCUCGUCCAGACUGACGAAAUAUCAUUAUCUAUGGCAAUUGACAAUUUGUCGAUAGAUACCGAUGGGAACAUCUUUGCUGCUACUAUACCUGAUCUUCAACAAUUCCUUCGGGCUUUCCAUGAUCCUUACGACACGGAUUCACCCUCGACGGUCAUGAUGAUCAGAAAGAGAAGCAAUAAUAAAGAGGCGUCUUUGAUGAAAGGAGAACAUGACGUUAUCAAACUUGUGGAGGAUAAGGAGGCACGGGUCCUGCCGACUACGACGAGCGCAGUAUAUGACCCUGUUUCAGGCCAACUAUUCCUUGGGGCUUUGUCCUCGCCUUUCAUGGUGGUUUGCAAGAAGCAGAAAUGA